CCCGCCCAUCAAGGCCUCGCGUCUGACUUCGACCUUUCGACUCGUUUCCAGCCUCUACUCCCCUUACGAGUCCACCCGAAAAAAAGGUGCCACGGUCCGGACGCGGCAACAAACAGGCUUUUCUUUCUAGCCGGGAGAGAUCCAACGUGGCCGAGAGCGCGGAGCCGGAAGCGGAAGUGACGUCACGCGGCCCCCUCCCCCUUCUCCCAGAGCUUUGAGACCUUCUCGGCGUUUGUCCGAGGGCUCUCCCCUCUGGCUCGGCGAGGAUUCGAAAGAAUAGACUCUCCGCCAUUGGCAUCACAUUGAGACGCUGCAUCUUCCAUCCUCGGACCGGGCGAUUCUUUCUGCUGCGCCUGAGCUUUGGCUGAAAGUUGAAUGGUGGAGACGGGCAGGAGGAUCUCUGCAAGUUUCAGGACUUCUAGAUCUUUACAGAACAGGAUAUUUUCUGUGUCCUUCCCUGCUCUGCUCAUGCCUACCACAAGAAUAGGACUUCCUAAUAAUUUGCUGAAAGAAUUAAAGAAUAAGCCAGACCUGAAAUAAACUUCCAGUACCUACAGUAAAUGAAAUAGAAGAGGACUCCAUAUAACCCUGUAUAAAGAGGAAUGGAGAUUGCCUCUGUCCACUUAGAUUCAUAAGCUGUCCCGAAGUGAUCUUGGCAUCAGGGAAGGGAGUGUUCAGGCACAUUUCACCGUCAGCAUCACGGGAUGGCAGCCAUUGAUUUGUCCCAUGGCCUUUUUUCUAGACAGCCUGUCUGCAUCUACGGAGAAAACACAGAGGUAGAAGGGACAGUCACUGACAACCAGGCAAAUUGUUACCAGGAUUCAGUGACCUUCGAUGAUGUGGCUGUGGAGUUCACCCCAGAUGAGUGGACUUUGCUGGACCUGACUCAGAGAAACCUAUACAGAGAGGUGAUGCUGGAGAACUAUGAAAACUUGACCUCAUUAGGAUGUCAGUUCUUCAUUCCCAGUCCGACCCCCUGGUUAAAACAAGAAGAGUUGGAGACAGUGGAAAACACAGUUCCUCAACAAUUGGAACUACAACCUACAGUUGAUGAUUCAGAGCUUGAGAAUUAUUUUAGGAUGCAUAGUUCCAGUACAGUAGAAAUGGUGGGUGAUUCAUCCAUUCACGAGCAGUCAGAAAACCACAAUGAAGGGGAUGUGUGUGACUCUAAGCCAUGCGGAGAUGUGUUGGGUGAACAAUUACGCCUUAACACAGAGGUGAGCAUGCAAAGUCAAGGAUACAGUUCUGAGUGUAACUGGUAUGGGAAAGACAUUCUUUCUUUGCUCAAGGAAAGCUCUACCGGACAGAAUGUUUCUGAGCUUAACCAGUGUGGAAAAAUCUUCAGUUUGACUCCAAACAUCAUGUACCCAAGCACUAGCACAAAUGAGAAGCCCUUUGAAUGCACAGACUGUGAGACAGCCUUUUUUAAUCAGUCAUACUUCCAGACAGAUAUGAGGCCUCACAAUGGAGGAGAACCCUAUGACUGGAAUAAAUAUGGGAAUGGUUUUAUUCAUCCUACAAGCCUUGCUAUGCAUCUUCCAAUUCUCAAUGCAAGAAACCCCUACAAAUUUGAGGAAUGUGGAAAGGACUUUCAGUAUUUUGCAUGCCUUAAUAAUCCCAUGGGAAUGUGCACUGGAGAAAAAUUUUGUGACUGCAAGGAAUGUUGGAAAGCCUUCACGGUUUCCUCACACCUAACUCAAUAUGUAUCAAUUCAUACUGAAGAAAAGUCCAAAGUAUGUAAGAUAUGUGGGAAGUCCUUUGCUAAUUUUUCUCGACUUUCUGCACAUGUAAAAACUCAUAAUGAAGAAAAGCCCUUUGUUUGCAAGGAGUGUGGAAAGGCCUUUAAAAAUAUGUCAUACCUUAAUGAUCACGUUAGAAUUCACACUGGAAUAAAAUCAUACAAAUGUAUGGAAUGUGGGAAAGCCUUCCUUCGAUGGUCAGGCCUUACUGAACACAUAAGAGUUCACACUGGGGAAAAGCCUUAUGAAUGUAAGGAAUGUGGAAAAACCUUUUCUAGAUCUACUCAGCUUACUGAACAUGUAAGAACACACACUGGAAUCAAACCUUAUGAGUGUAAGGAAUGUGGGAAAGCCUUCACUCAGUAUUCAGGCCUUGCCACACAUGUACGCAUUCAUAGUGGAGAGAAGCCCUUUGCAUGUAAGGAAUGUGGGAAGGCCUUUACCAGGACCUCUGGCUUGAUUCAUCAUGUGAGAACUCACACAGGAGAGAAGCCUUUUGAGUGUGUUCAUUGUGGGAAAACCUUCAUUACUUCUUCCCAUCGCACUAAACAUCUGAAAAUUCACAGUGGUGAGAAGCCCUUUGUGUGUAAUAUAUGUGGGAAAGCCUUUAUAUAUUCCACAUCCCUUAACAUUCACAUGCGAACCCACACUGGAGAGAAGCCCUACAUAUGUAAGCAGUGUGGGAAAGCAUUUGCCGUUUACUCACGUCUAAGGAAGCAUAGCAGAGUUCACACUGAGGAGAAGCCCUUUCAAUGUGAGGGUAUGGGUGUUGCUAUUUAGCUCAUCUGUUGCCACCUUUAAAUAUUGACAGUGACACCAAAGAUCAUCAGAUUAGUCUUAACUGCUUUGUGUGGGUCAUAAUGGCUCACACUGGCCUUAGACACCAUCUUAAUUUUAUGAAAUAGGAUAUUUAGUUGCCCCCUCAAACUUUUCUUUUUUUGGGCAGUGCUGAGGAUUGACCUAGAAUAUCACACAUGCUAGGCAAGCACUCAAUCACUGAGCUACAUCCCUGGAACCUUUUCGUGGAUAUCUAAUUCUGAGCAUCUAAAGGUCUUAAGUGAAGGUAGUAUAUAAGAUGGCUUCAUUCUGGUGCUUGACUCUCAGUGAUCAUAAUAUUUCUAGAUGCUAUGAAAUAAUGAAACAGAGUUGAUCCUUUUAUUAGUUAGUGGCUGCCAGUGUGGCUUGAUAAUUCGAAAAUUCACCACAAGCCAAGAUAAUAUAGGACACAGGUGGAUUGUGGAAAGACACUCCUUCAGGGAACUACUCUGACCCCAUUGAUUCUGAUGAGACUAUCAGAUAGUUCGUAUCUGUUCUUAAUAGCCAGUCUAUUUACAGAUGUGAUCCCUGUGAUUCUUUAUAAACUUGAAAAAGUUCAUCUGUCCCAUCUUUUGGGUCCAUCUUGGAUUGAAGUGGCAGUGACUUUGUUCACACAGUCCAGUGUGUUCCUCAGUUUGGUUGAGAUGAUCAUCUGAGGGUGAUGAGCUGAGGGCCUUGGGGACGCCAGGCAAGUACUCUGCCCCUAAGCUACAUCCCUAGCCUGCAAGGUCUAUUUAGUACACAUUUCUCAGUUAUUGUAAUAAAGAUAGUCUGAGAUUUUCAGCGUACAGUUCUCUUUUGCUUAGUGAUUCCUCUUUAGCUCAGCGUUCUCUUUUUUAUUUUACUGAAAGCACUCAGGAGGAACCAAGAUGCUCCUUUUGAACGCUUUAGUUACGGAUAAAUUUCCAAUUUUAUCACUCUCAAGUUCUAGUUUCUACACAGAAUGCUAGAAUAAGGAUCUGCGAGAUUCAAGACCAUUACAGAUCACUGAUUAGUUUUUCUUGAUGCUCUAGUAACAUGUUCCUCCUUCCUAAAGGGAGUCCUCACCAGAAUAGCCUCUACCUACCACUCAGUUUUAAAGCUCUUAAAACUCUUUAAACAUGUUCUUUACUGCAGUGUUGCAGCAUCAUAAAACACCAUAGCCAGUGCUGGCUAAAAGGCUCAGAAGUUAAGGUGCUUGUCACCAGGAACUGAGUUUGAUCCUAGGGACCCACAUAGUAGAAGGAGAGAAUGGACUGCUACGAGUUGGUAUGCUUUCACACACACUUUUACACUUAACCACGUGCUUAUGUAUACACAUACAUGCCACAAAUAUAACACAAAAGCAACAUAAACCAGGUUGCUUUAAAGUUCCCUUUGAAUAAAACUUUGUUUUUUGUUUUUUGUUUUUUGUUUUUUUGAGACAAGAGUUUCUUUGUGUAGCCCUGGCUGUCCUGGACUCCCAGGCUGGCUUUGAACUCACAGAGAUCCACCUGCUUCUGCCUCCCAAGUGCUGGGAUCAAAGGUGUGUGCCACCAUUGCCCGGCAAUAAAUGAGAUUUUUUGUUAGUAUAGUAUUGGGUUUCAUGCCAUUUUCAUGUCUACAUAUUAUUAUACUUUGUUCUCAUUAGCUCACUGCUUUUUGGAUAAAGUUUAGGCCCAGGGGUUUAGCUUAGUGCUAAUAGUUCUAGCCUAGCUUUUGUAUAGCUAGUGUUUAUCUCCAGCACUGGACAGACAAUAUGCAGUAGUUUGUUUUCUCAUAAAAGAAUAACAGCAUGGGAUUAGUGAGAUGGUUCAGAAGGCAAAGCUCUUGCCGUGCAAACAUGAGGACCUGAGUUUGGCUUCCCAGAACCCAUCUAAUUGCCAGGUGGGCAUGGAGACCACCUAUAAUCCCAAUGCUUAGGAAGCAAGAUGGAAAUCCUCAGGCGAUUUGGGUAGCUAGGUUACUUGAAUCCAUGAGCUUCAGGUUCAGCAAGAGACCCUGCUUCAGUAAAUAAAAUGGAAAGUGACUAGGGAAACCUGACAUCAUCUUCUGGCUUCCACACGCUAUGUGUAAAUGUGUAAACACCAGCAUACAUAUGCACAUACAUGAAAAAAGGAUAACAGCAUAUUUGGCUUCUGGAGCAGAGUCUUUCUGUCAUGCAGUCACUUUCACAUGACAAAGCUUGAAAAUGAGAUUUUCUUCCUCUUCUGGUAAAAUCACAGCCUUGUGGAAUGAUGUUUCCACUUACUGUCCUGGAGUAUCAAAUGAAAUUCUAAAGACCCUAUCUGCACAGUCAUGCUGAGAUUUAGAUUUAACAUGAAUUUGAGAGGGUCAUAGAAUCUUUUGAUUUCCCAGAUAAUUAAUCAUAUUUGUAGAUAAUGAUGGUAUUUUUUUCUAUUUUAGUUGUUUCUUUUCAGAAAUUAGUAUGAUGUCCAGCACACUAGUGAAAGUAGUAAUAACUUUUUUUUUUAAUAAUUAUAAGGGAGUAUGUACACUAUCAUACUGAUUUGCUUACUAGGAUAGAGGGUUCUUAAUAUCAGGAUUUUGCAUAAUGAUUGUAUAGUACUUCUUUAUUUGUGAGGCGAAAUUGCUCUUGGACUCAUUAAAUGUAUCCUCUGUAUCUUCUGAGAUGACCGUAUUCAUUUGCUGGUAACACUCAAGUACCUAGGAUUUCAUCGGUGCGUUCUACCUAAUAAAUACUGGAAUGAUUAAAAGGAUUCUAAAGUAAAGGCUGUCAUUUAUUAAUGAUAAUUAUGUUAGUUGUCUGUUGUUAACCUUAAAUACUUAGAUACAUUCACGUUGGAUAUUAAGGUAAUUUUUGUUUUGUGUGAUUGCUGGGGAUCAGACAAACCCAGACAAGGCAAGCACUCUGCCGCUGAGCUACAAUCCUGAGCCCGAUGGAUCCUUUUUACUACUUAGUGUUGAUUGUGAUUACUCACAGAGAUCAUCAUAGAUACUCUUGAGUAACUGGCAAAUAGUUUUUCCUUGUGUGAGAAGAAAUGGAGUAGGGAUAGGAAGAGUGCCUAUUUAGCAAUGCACAAGAUUCUGGUUUCAAUCCUCAAUACCACCAAAACAACCAGAUUUUAAAAUAAAUUGCCUGGCUUUUAGCUGUAGAUUAGAACAGUGUCAUAUGCUGUAGUGAAGUGUAUUCCUCACCUUUUCUAAAUUCUUAACUUGUUCAGUUACCUAGAAGAACCCAGAUACUAGAUUAUUUAGACCUAGAAUAAUUGACACUGUUUUGGGUACCUGUUUUUAAACUGUUCUGUAUCUUUUAUGUUUAUAGGACACCUAAGAUUUACAAUAUCAUUUAAAUUUUUUUUUGAGUAUAUUUUUCUAGGCAUGCUUUCAUUUUCACAUAUGAAACAUUUUUUUCUUUGUAUUUCUAAUGUUUCCUGGUUGUAUAAUUAAGUUUACUUUGGGUCUUUAUUGUAUUCUGUGAUGAUUUCUUCAUGUAUUUAUAUUGAGUUAAUCUUGAAAGUAUCCAGUAUUCUUUGAGACAGAGAGUAUCUGUGGCAAACUAGAGUGUGUUGCUGCACACUGUAAUCCUGGUGAUUGGGAAGCCAAGGCAGGAGGGUCACAGAUUUAAGGAUAGCCUGAACCUGGGCUAUUUUGUGAAACACUGUCUUAAGAAGACCAAAAAUUAAAUCAAACAGGAGAAGACAAAUGCACCCAAAGGAGGAGUUCAAGUCUGGUAAAUGAUUGGGGAAGGAAUAAAUUGUCUUGAAAUAUUCAAACUCUAAAUAUAGUUUUUAAUCCAUUGACUCUGGUAGGUAUUCACACGUCUCUAUUUAUACUAGUUCUCUUUUUGUAAUCUUAGUUAAAAAUGUUUAAGGGGGGGUGCUAGGAUUCAAACUUAGGGCUUUACUCACGCUAACCACUGACCGAUAACCCAGCUGUAGAUGUGUCUUUUAUACAUACUUUAGUUGCAGUUUUAAAACUCUGAAUACUUGAAAAGUCCUGAUUAACAAUUCUUUUAGACCAUUAUGUAUAAUGCAAUUAGUAACAAAAUUGGAUUUUUAGCAACUUGUUUUUUUCCUCUGUAUUUGUUGCAUGUACCUUCUCUUUGUAAUGAUGUUUUCAUUGAAAUUUUACCCAAUGCUUGAAAUUUAUGUACUCCAUUUGCUUUUAUUUAGUUGCUAUUCUAAAACAUUAAAUCCAGUUUUAAAAUCUAA